AUUUGAAAGUGAACUGAACUGCAUUGUGAAAGUAAGAAAGGAAAACAUCGAAAAGCUUUUUGUUUUGAAUUCGGAAUUUGAAAUGUCAAACAUCGAACGAAUAUAUUUAUUUUAUAUUACAGUGAAUUUUUUAAAAACUUUGUAAAAGUCUUAUGAUUGUCCAAUUUCGUUGUAAUGUUCGUUUAUUUUUUUCUAGUCGCCUUGAUUUUAACAUCAUUGAUUUGGAUCCAUAAAUUUGUUGAAGAUUGCUUCUAUGGUUAUGAUUGUGAAGAUUUCCAAAUUGAUAGAUGUAUAGUUGCAGUUAUAUUUUCUGCAUUAGUGACACUAUGGGGAUUGAAAAAGAAAAGCCUUGCUUUAAGUGGGGCCAUUGGAGGCAUAUUUGUGGGUCUCAUCCUUACUUAUAGUAGUUACUGUUUUGUAGCGUGUCUUUUUACAUUUUUCUUCACAUCAUCGAAAGCAACACACUUUCAUUCAAGUAGAAAAAAGAAGCUUGAGGUUAACUUUAAAGAAGGUGGACAACGAAAUUGGAUACAAGUUGUAUGCAAUGGAGGCACAGCUACAGAAAUUGCCCUCAUUUAUAUGUUAAAUGGUGGAUGUGGAGAAAUUCCGCUAGAUUUUAAUAAAAAUUAUCUUCGCUCUUGGCUUGCGGCAGCAGUGCUUUCAGCUUUGGCUAGUGCUAAUGGAGACACUUGGGCAUCUGAGUUAUCCAUCUUGGCCCAAUCAAAACCAAGGUUAAUAACAACAUUCCAAAAGGUUCCGAUAGGGACUAAUGGUGGCGUGACUUCUAUUGGAGUUUUGUGCAGUGCCUUUGGGGGUCUUUUAGUUGGACUGUCUUAUUUUGUAACACUGUUCUCCACUGUUCCUUAUUUUUCUGUUAUUGAACAAGCUGUGCUUUCAGCAUUUAUUGGAAUAAGUUCUGGGCUUUUUGGUUCCUUCUUGGAUUCCCUCCUUGGUGCAACAUUACAAUAUUCUGGGCUGGAUCCUCGGAGUGGUAAAAUCGUGGAGAAGCCAGGACCUGGAAUAAAGCAUAUUGCAGGAAUUCCAAUACUGGAUAACCACUCUGUGAAUUUGCUGAUGACCCUAAUCAUCUCCAUUGCUGUGCCAACUGUAACAGCCGAAUUAUACUCGUAUUUUAGAUAAAUGCAUUCCUACUUAAUGGUUGUUUAAAAUGAAUAUUUUUGCUGGACAUUUGUUACAUGAAAUAUAUAUAUAUAUAUAUUUUACUUCACAUAUUGCUCUCUUAUAGAGUGUAAAUAUAUUUUUAUUUCCCCCCCUUUGGAAAAUGUUUGUAUUUUCCCCAUCCAUUUUACCGUGUUAUUAAAGUAAUAUUGAUUUGAAAAA